CUGGCUCCGCCCCCGUGCGCUGCUCGAGCGCCACAAAAAGAGAGAAGGGAUCGAGCGCAGUUCGAACGAGCGAUCGCGGGAGGAGAGAUGGGCUACCUUCCGGACCUUUCCAUCGAAACCUGGAGCCUGUUGGCGACUGUCGUCGCUCUCAUCGCACUAUAUGGAUACGCUCCAUAUGGCUUUUUCAAGAAAAUAGGCAUCCCCGGACCCACACCUUUGCCUUUCAUCGGGACAUUUUUGGAGUACAGAAGGGGCAUCCACAAUUUUGACACAGAAUGCUUUCAGAAAUAUGGUAGGCUGUGGGGAGUGUACGAUGGCAGACAGCCUCUCCUGGGGGUGAUGGACACAGAUAUGAUCAAAACAAUCUUGGUUAAGGAGUGUUAUUCUGUCUUCACCAACAGACGGGAUCUAGGCCUAAAUGGACCCCUCCGUGAUGCUGUAUCGAUAACAGAAGACGAGCAAUGGAAGAGGAUUCGCAGUGUACUCUCUCCGUCAUUCACCAGUGGCCGACUGAAAGAGAUGUACACAAUAAUGAUGAAGCACUCGAGUAACCUCAUCCAGAGUCUUCACAAGAAAGUAGAGUCGGAUGAAGUCAUAGAGGUUAAAGAAGUAUUUGGACCUUACAGUAUGGAUGUUGUGACCAGCACUGCUUUCAGCGUGGACAUCGAUUCCAUCAAUCAUCCCUCUGAUCCUUUUGUCACAAACAUUAAGAGAAUGGUCAAGUUCAACUUCCUGAACCCUUUACUUUUGCUUGUUGUUCUGUUUCCAUUCUUGAAACCACUUUUUGAUAAGACUGAUGUGUCACUUUUCCCUGCUGAUGUGACGGAUUUCUUCUACAAGUUUCUACAGAUGAUCAAAUCAGACCGGAACAAGAACGACCACAAAAAUCGAGUGGACUUCAUGCAGUUGAUGGUGGACUCUCAGGUUUCAGAAAACAACAAAGUCGAUAACAGUUCCCAAAAAGGGCUCUCUGAUCAUGAGAUCCUUUCUCAGGCCAUGAUUUUCAUCUUUGCUGGCUAUGAAACCAGCAGCAGCUCACUUUGCUUUUCAGCCUACAACCUGGCAACCCACCCUGACAUCCAAAAGACCUUGCAAAGGGAGAUUGAUGAAACCUUCCCAGACAAGGGUCGUCCAACCUAUGAAGCCCUGAUGCAGAUGGAAUACCUGGACAUGGUGGUGAACGAGUCACAGAGGCUGUAUCCGAUUGCUAAUCGACUCGAGAGAAUGACAAAGGCUUCUGUUGAAGUGAACGGUGUGAUAAUCCCCAAGGGGACUGUCGUCAUGAUACCAGUUUACACUCUCCACCGGGACCCUGCUUUGUGGCCUGAGCCUGAGGCCUUCAAACCUGAAAGGUUCAGCAAAGAGAACAAAGAUAACAUGGACCCUUAUGCGUAUCUACCCUUUGGAGCCGGGCCUAGGAACUGUAUUGGCAUGCGAUUUGCUCUCUUGUCGAUGAAGCUGGCCCUAGUGGAGAUCCUUCAGAACUUCAGCUUUGUCACCUGCAAUGAGACACAGAUUCCAUUGGAGCUGUCAAAUGAUGGCUUUACCUCACCUAAGGACCCCAUCAAACUGAAGCUGGAGCCCAGAGGGAGUGCUGCCGAUUGUCCUUCUAUCUAACUCUGAUUAUCUGGCAAUAACCUGGGAAUUCUCACUUUAACCUGCUUCACAAUCAAGUCACAAGUUUAUUCUGCCUCUAAGUGCGUCUUCUAGAAAAAAAAAAGGAUAUUUUUAUUCUUCCUAAAUAAUUAAUAAUCUGUAUUCCAAGUGCACUAACAAAUCACUCAUGUAGAGCAUCAUUCCAUGUGUAGUUCUAGAUAAGUUGGAGCAUUUAUAUAUUGUUCUACUUGAGAAAUUCCUACUGUUAUUUUUGUAGAUUUACUAACAGGGUUUCUUUUGUUUCUCAUUGUAUUUUAAUAGACAAUAUAAUGUGCCUCGAUCUUUUUGAUAUCUUGAAUAUUCACAAACAAUACUUUGUGACAUUACCAGGACUCUUCUCAUCACCUUUGUGCUACUGAAUUAAAUUGCAAUAUUUUAUGACAA